AUGAUAGUGAAAAAAUUGGCAAUUGAUGGGGAAAGGCUUGAUUAUAGAAGAAUAGAUGAACAAAGACCUAUAGAGAUUGAGAAAUAUGCAAAUUCACUGUUUUUGUCAAUGGGAAACACACGUGUACAAGUUGUGUUCCAAUCUGAUGUAACUAGACCCUAUGUAGAUAAGCCUAGGGAGGGAGUGAUAGGAUUUUUCGCAUCCAUGGCUGGUAGAAGACAUGAAAAGUUAUUAUGGUUUUUGAACAUGGUAUAUGUUAAGCAGAAGUGUGUUGAUCUUGAAAGCAUGUGCAUUAAGGCAGGCAAGGAGGUUAUGCUGGUGCAUAUUGAUUUUAGGUUUUUAUCAAUUGAUGGUAACGUUUACAGCAUUGCAGUUGCUGGUGUGAAUGCAGCGCUGUCUGCUAUUGGCGUAAGCAUGAAUUUUUUACCAAAAUGUUUUUUGUACUGCUCUGUGGAGAGAUGUAUUCUGAGCGACCCUACUGAUGAUGAGUUGGAUGCUUGUGAUUGGCAUUGCAUUGUGGUGAUGAAGUCUAGGAAAGAGGUGGUGUUUUUUGAGAAGUCUGGUGAUGGAUGCGGAAUGCUAGCAAUAGAUGAGAUCAUCAACAGAUCUGGAAUCAAUGUUUGA